AUGGAAGACAGUAGCACAUUCAUGAAGCCGAACAUCGAUGGAUUCAGGUUCAUUGAGCGGUAUCUUGGGAUCACCAACCCAGGUCAGAUCCACUUCUUUGAUGACAAGGCUGAGAACAUCAAAGGAGCCAAGGAUGCUGGAUGGAACGGCCAUUUGGUAGCCAAUGACACGAUUUCACAGAUUGAUGAAGCAGUGAGUAGUAGUUGUAGUAGUAAUUAG